AUGCCCUCUGCCAUGGAUCAGAAAGCGAACAUCGAGUUGGUGGAGGAUUUGGAGACGCACGGCGAUGGCAAGGGUGACGACGUCCUUGUCGAUGCUGCUGGUGAGAUUCAGCGGCUGCCCGUUCCCAGCGCCGACCCAAAUGAUCCUCUCAACUUUACGGUGUGGGAGAAGACCGGUGUGAUCGUCAGCUGCUGCUGGUUCUCCAUCAUGUCUCUCUCGGUGGUCGGAGGCUUGGGUGCGAUCUUGGGUGUCUUCUUUCAACUCUAUGGUGCUCAGGGCAUCAGCUCUACCCAUAUUGUCUGGCUGGGGACGUUUCCCUCGUUGUUUGUUGGUAUUGGAAACUAUCUCAUUCUUCCCUUGGGUCUGGUCUAUGGUCGUCGGCCGACUGCGAUUGGAUCCAUUAUUGUUCUAUUCGUUGCUACUAUCGGAUGUGCGGUUUCGCAAACCUGGUUGCAGCAUCUGUGUUUGCGAUGUCUCCAGGGUCUCGCCACUGGCGCUACUGAGUCGCUUCUCCCCCUCAUGCUUUCAGAGGUGACGUUCGUUCACCAGCGAGGUCUCGUCUUUGGAGUGUACUGGGCGACUCAGAACGUUGUCACUAGUGCCCUCAACAUGGCAUCCUCUUACGAAGCCGCUGCUCUCGGAUGGCGAUGGUUUUACUGGGUCUACGUGAUCGCAGUUGGUGCUGGUCUCAUACUCGUCAUUCUCGGCUGCUUCGAGACUCGGUAUCAGCGCCGCGCUCAAAUGGUCAAUGGUCAGAUUGUUGUGACUGACCAGUUUGGUGUGACACAAGUCCUGGUCGGCGAUCAAGCCCGCGAAUACAUGGCUGGGCUCCAAAUCGAGGAUCGGGAAAUCCCCGACGAGGUGCGACCCAAGAAAACAUAUAUCCAGAUGCUUAAACCUUGGGAGAAGCCUGCCAAAAACCCCCUCCGCAUCGUCCUCAACGCUUGGCUUCACAUGUUCGAGGCCUUCAUUUCCCCAGGGAUCCUAUACGCAACCUUGUUGUCGUCUGUGGUUCUGGGCUGCAGUGUGGGCAUGUCAUUGACUUAUGAUACUGUCCUGCAGCAGGUCUACGGCUGGCCUGCCAAGAGCGUGGGACUGAUCAAUUUGGGGGGUAUCUUUGGUGGCUUUGGAGGCAUGCUGUACGCCGGUGUCUUCGGGGACUGGUUUAUUGUGCGCCUGGCCAAGCGAGCCAAUGGUGUUCACACCCCCGAGCAUCGUCUGAUCCUGCUCAUAUUCCCUGGCUUUCUGACAGUCCUCUCGCUGCUUCUAUACGGAUUCACCGCUAACGGUGGUGCUACCUGGGGCGGACCGUAUAUGGGAUGGCUUCUGUUGCAAAUCGCGUUUGUCUCUGUGCUGAUCCUAUCGACUUCUUUCGCUGCCGAGGCCUGGGAGAAGAACCCUGGUCCUGCCCUUGUGGCAGUCGUUGGCACCAAGAACAUCGUUGCCUUUGGUAUUAGCUACGGUCUAAACCCCCUGGUUUCGAUGUACAGCUACCCGGCUGCGAUGAGUAUCUUUGCUGGUCUCUCUGCAGGCAUCUUCCUCCUGGGAAUUCCGGUUUACUUCUUCAACCCUGCUUGGCGCCGCUGGCAGCGGAGACGUGAAGGCAAGGCUGUUUAA